CUUUCAUCAGUUUCCCAUUGAUAGGCAGCUAGCUCACUUGAUACAGAUUCUUGCCUUUCCAGGGUUGCAAGCUGCUCCAUAUUCACCCCUCGCCGUCUGAUAUCCUGAUAUCUGUAUAUAAUAAUGUUUGUUUUGGUUUUCGUGUUGUGGUUAGAUGUACAGAAUCGGGCCUAGCGUGGCCGGAGCGCUGGCUGCGGCUCUGAUCCUUCUUCCCGCCGUCUCCAUCCAUUUAUUGUUCACUAAACCGUCAGUCCCCUCGCUAACGCACAACAUCCAACCUCACGUCUGUCAUCUUUCUGUCCGCUAACACCUAUCGUGGUCAUCAGUCCUAUUCACUCAACGCCCAUCAGAUCGCCUAUCUUACCCCCAUGAUUUAGCCAGCUAUAUUGUCUCGCGAUCCCUUAUCACCCCCCUUACCCUCUUACCCUCUUCCCCUGCCUUGUACACGUCGUCACGUCUCGCCUCAAUGGGCUGUCCAUUCGACCCCUGGGGGGAUUCCUCAGAUCUCAGCUCUCCUCCAGCAUCACCAUCCCCUCCUCCAAGUUUUCUUCCAUCGCCUCCGCCAUCUCAAGACAAUUUCGGGCUCAAUUCAAGUGAUUCUCUUUCCGCAUCGCAAGACACCGCGCUCCCAACCAAGAAGAGGAGAAAAGUCGAGCCGAAGCCACGAUCAACGAAACACCUCGAUUUAUCUUUAGCGUCUUUGGCUUCCACUGAUUGCUUUGCAAACCAGACAGAUGAACUGGGCCUUUUAUUGAAGGCUCUUCAUAAAAAGCGCAAAAUUGUUGUGAUUGCUGGCGCUGGAAUUUCGGUCUCUGCUGGGAUACCUGACUUUCGUUCUUCCCAUGGCCUAUUCAAAACAUUGAGAAAGGAUCACAAACUUAAAGCCUCGGGGAAGCAGUUGUUUGACGCGUCAGUGUAUCAAGAUGACACCAUGACUUCCUCUUUCCACGACAUGGUUCGCUCGCUGUCUGGAAUGGCAGCCUCUGCUCAGCCUACCGCUUUCCACCAUCUUCUUGCUCGGCUUGCAAAGGACGGUCGUUUAAUGCGACUAUAUACACAGAAUGUUGAUGGCAUUGAGACGUCGCUGCCCCCUCUGGCAACUCAGGUUCCACUCGGCGUUAGGGCACCAUGGCCCCGUACCAUUCAGCUACACGGUGGACUUGAAAAGAUGGUCUGCCAGAAGUGCAGACAUACAUCUGAUUUUGAAGCAGAACUUUUCCAAGGGCCCGACCCGCCCUUGUGUCGAAAAUGCUGCGAAACAGACCAGUUUCGCACAACUACCGGCCAGCGAAGUCAUGGUGUUGGCAAGCUGAGACCAAGAAUAGUUCUCUACAAUGAACAUAAUCCUGACGAAGAGGCUAUCGGUUCUGUUGUUACAGCCGACUUACGUGCUAGGCCUGAUGCUUUAAUUGUUGUUGGCACCACUUUAAAGAUCCCAGGAGUUCGACGAAUUGUCAAAGAAAUGUGCCACGUCGUCCGGGGACGGAAAGACGGAAUUACUAUGUGGAUAAAUCACGAACCAGUUCCCGUCGGAAGAGGCUUCGAGGACUGUUGGGAUCUCGUCAUCAAAGGCGAUUGUGAUGAAGUUGCGCGGCAAGCUAACAUGAAGCCGUGGGACGAUGAUAGCGACGAUACCAUCCAGGAAUGCACUGCAUCAGACGUCGAACGAGUCAAACAGGAACAAGGCCCUUUCUCUGUCGUUGUCCCUCCGCUCAAGAACUCUCAACAGAGUACUGGUAUCCUUACACCCUCAUCGAGCCAGGAUGAAUCACUCAACGUUGAAGACCAACCGCCAAUUCCUUUCCCCCUUGCGGAUAAACCGACUAAAAAAUCCUUGUCAUCAUUGUUAUCCGGGAAACCUGGUCAGAAAGCCACGAAGCCUAGGAAACCCGCACAGAAGAAGCCGGGAGCUCCAAAGAAAGCCAGAACGAACAAUAGUCAACCAAAGAAAAUCGAUCAACAGUUCCGCAUUAGCAAGUCCAGCAAGACCACGGUCACCACUAAAAAGGCACCGAGCCCAAUCGAAAGUGAUCUCGCUAAGCCAAUGCAUGCUAUAUCACCUGGUGCGGCUCGUAAUAAUGGCCCCAUGUUUAUCGAGACGACCUCCACCCCACCUUGGAAAGACAAAGCCACGAUCUCACCAACCGGAACCAUCCCACCUGACCUUGAGAGAAUGUUAAACUAGACGCGAGUAGAGAAGAAUAUAGGAAGAACCUAGGCCCUGGCCAAUGUACACGUUACUGGAGUAUUGUUUUCUCUUGGACCUGUGUCCUUCGAACGCGCAAUUUUGCCCUUCCAUUCCCAUUCUCUUUGUCAUUACUGGUCCCUCCGCACCGGUUAUGAUGCAUGAUACCCACAUAGACUUUCGAAAUGCUACAUUACAAACUACCGCUCCUGUGAAUUCCGGGCUCCUGAUAGUUUUUAUGUUAUUUUAUUUUUCAUUUGCAGGGAGUGAGAGUGUAUAAUAAAGACUGGCUUGGGCUUAUUAUAAUAUUUUUCGUUUUGUUUCUUUGCUUUCAUUCUGCUCUGUGGUUUGUCCUUGAAUUGAAGAAAGGAGUUUGGUCUACCGGAGGGAGGUUCUGCAUGGAUUCAUGUUUUUGCUGGCUGAUAUUUUUUCUCGCACUUUUUGUUUCAACCCCUUUCAAAAGACUCUGCUUUUCGUCUUGUCCAAACUCUUGCGUGUCAGGGUGUGGGUAUCAGGUCAUGCCUGCCACCUUCCCGCCCUCUUGCGUGCAGGUCAUCUAUUCAGUCUUCCGGUCACCGUAUGGAUUUUUAUAUCUGCUCUCUUACUUUCUUUCUUUUUCCUUUCGGUCUUCAGGUACAUAAUGCGUGAUGUAAUAUCAGAUUCAACCAGCAACGGCAUCAGAGCUAUCAUUUGCAUCUACAUUUGUACAUUUGAACAGCUUUUUAAAGUCUUUCAUUUCCCUUUAAUCUAUAUUCUGCGCUUCUUCCUCAUUUUUCUUCCAUUUCAUUCCCUCUGUUCGUUUGCGGGUGCUUGGUUAUUACAGAGAGGGAAUAUGGGAGAGCAGUGGGUUUGUUCUUUCUGAAGCAACCCGAGGCUUUGUACGUAUAUAGAGCACACAUGCAUAUGAUAUCCGUCUCAGCAACUGUAUACUACUGCUCUUCACAUUGAAUAUCGUGGCGGUGAAUAGGCCCGUCCUCAGUGACCCUAUGCUUGCGAUUACUAGCAUAUCUUACACCUUUAGGUCGUCCUAUACAGAGCGGAUGUGGCGGCGUUUAGUUACUAUGGCAUUAACUUGCAAUGAUAUGCGAAGUUACCACGAAAAUGGCAUCGGCUUAUUUUAUGCAAACAUUCUGAUACUCCGGAACGAGAUACUAUGGGUGGGAUGGCAUAUUUGAUCCAUAAUAGAAAUAGUGAUAAUGAUAGGGUAAUAAUAAUACCAAGAGAGAAAUAUGUAUCUGAAGUGAUAGGACCACCGUGGUUGAUUUAACCCGCAUCACACACAGCCAUUAUCCUCGCAACUAAGUCAACAACUACAAAUAAUGGUAGUGAUAGUAAAGCUUAACACGGGGAGCAAAAAGGAAAACUAACGCGAUAACAAAGAACCAAAGGCAAACAAACAUGAGAAAAAAAGGCUGGCCAAGUACAUCUAACCCAAUACCUUAAAUACCUUAGAACCCAUAAAUACCCAAAUCACAGCCCAUCACUAUCACUAUCACUCCCCGAAUCUAGGUCCGGAUGCAUCCCUCCCCUCCUCCUCCUAGCCGUAUCACUCGCAUCAGCAUCGAUAUCAAUCUCAUCCCCAUCCCGCCCACUGUGCUGCGUCUCCUCUUCCUCCUCCUCCUCCUCCUCCUCCUCUUCUCCUUCCUCCUCCUC